GAGACAGGGCGCCAUGACUUCUGAGAAAGGUCCUUCAGCCGGUGACCCCACUCUGAAGAGGAGAAUUGAGCCCUGGGAAUUUGAAGCCUUCUUUGACCCCAGAGAACUGCGCAAAGAGGCCUGUCUGCUCUAUGAAAUCAAGUGGGGCGCAAGCCACAGGAUCUGGAGAAACACAGGCAAAAACACCGCCAGUCACGCUGAAGUAAACUUUAUAGAAAAAUUUACCUCAGAAAGAGAUUCUGACUCUCCCAUCAGCUGCUCCAUCACCUGGUUCUUGUCCUGGAGUCCCUGUUGGGAAUGUUCCAAAGCUAUUAGAGAAUUUCUGAGCCAACACCCCAGGGUGACUCUGGUCAUCUACGUAGCACGGCUGUUUUGGCACGUGGAUCAACAAAACCGGCAAGGACUCAGGGACCUCAUCAACAGCGGGGUCACUGUCCAGGUUAUGAGAGUCUCAGAGUACUGUCACUGCUGGAGGAAUUUUGUCAACUACCCACCUGGGAAAGAAGCUUCCUGUCCAACAUACCCACCUCUGUGGACGACGCUGUAUGCACUGGAACUGCACUGCAUAAUCCUGAGUCUUCCACCCUGUUUAAAGAUUUCAAGAAAACGUCAAAAUCAGCUUACAUUUUUCAGACUUACUCUUCAAAAUUGCCAUUACCAAACGAUUCCGCCCCACAUCCUUUUAGCCACAGGGUUGAUUCAGCCUUCUGUGACUUGGAGAUGAAGAGAAUGGUUCCUUGCCCGGACUGUCUCAAGAAGGAACCAUUGCGAUCCACU